GUUCAAAAAAGAAUACAAAAUUAAUUCAUUACAACUCUAUCUCAUCCUAAUACAUGGCCGCCUCAGCAUGAAUUCAAGAUCGCAGCCAAACAAGACACAAGACAAUGCAGUAUUUUUUCACUGUUUCAUGUUAGACCAUUAUAUUUUGUUCAACAUUUGAAACAUAUAAAAAAGGUUCAUACUAGUUUAUUUUUACAUAUCCAUUUCCACCAAAACAUAAUAAUACAUCAACAAAGUACAUAAACAAGAGAAUACAAAUGGAUUUUAGUGCAAAUGGUUCUGAAGAAACUGAACUGUAUCAUGCUCAAAUCCAUUUGUAUAAACAUGUAUACAACUUUGUAAGUGCCAUGGCGCUCAAAUCUGCUGCGGAACUUGGCAUAGCUGAUGCAAUCCAUAACCAUGGAAAACCAAUGACUCUUACUGAAUUAGCUUCAUCUUUGAAACUCCACCCUUCUAAAGUUAACAUCCUAUAUCGAUUUUUGAGCCUGUUAACACACAACGGUUUCUUCGUUAAAAGCAAAGGGGAAGAAGAAGAAGAAGAAAUAGCUUAUGCUCUCACACCAUCUUCAAAGCUUCUCAUAAGUGGGAAAUCAACAUGUUUAUCAGCACUUGUUACAGGAGCACUUCAUCCAAAUUCUAUAGACAUGUGGAGCUCUACAGAGAAAUGGUUCAAUGAGGAUAAGGAACAAACUUUGUUUGAGUGUGCAAAAGGGGAGAACUAUUGGGAUUUUCUUAACAAAGAUUCUGAUAGAUUGAGUAUGUUUCAAGAUGCUAUGACUGCUGAUUCGAGAAUGUUCAAGCUUGCUCUUAAAGAGAACAAACAUGUGUUUGAGGGUUUGGAGUCUCUUGUUGAUGUUGCCGGUGGAACUGGUACAGUCACAAAACUCAUCCAUGAAGCUUUUCCUAACAUCAAAUGCACUGUUUUUGAUCAACCACAGGUUGUUGGUAACUUAACCGGAAAUGAAAAUUUGAACUUUGUUGGUGGUGAUAUGUUCAAAUCUAUCCCUCCUGCAGAUGCUGUUUUACUCAAGUGGGUUUUGCAUGAUUGGAAUGAUGAACUAUCCUUAAAAAUAUUGAAGAACAGCAAAGAAGCUAUUUCACACAAAGGAAAAGACGGAAAAGUGAUUAUUAUCGACAUAUCGAUUGAUGAAACAAGUGAUGAUCAUGGAUUAACUGAGUUGCAAUUGGAAUAUGAUUUGGUGAUGCUUACAAUGUUUCAUGGUAAAGAAAGAACAAAGACAGAAUGGGACAAACUCAUACAUGAUGCAGGUUUCAGUAGCUACAAGAUUAUCCCUAUAAGUGGCUUCAAGUCUCUAAUUGAAGUUUAUCCUUAAUUUUAAUUUGAAGUUGCUGCAAUCAAGUUUUAACUAUGAAUUCAAUAAGUGUCUAUUUGGAGAAUCAGAUUAAUAGUGUUAAUCAUUUUCUGUAAGAAAUUAAUUUCCAAAACUUGUUAUUUGCAAAGAGAUCAUUGUUCCAUGCCGGAAUGUAGUUAUUUCCCUCUUCCUUAGGAAAGAAAAAUAAGGUCAUGUUUGUUUUUGAGAAACAGAAAGUUUAAUGUACUGAAAACAAAAUUGUUUAAGAUUAUUAUAAAAUAAAAAAGCUUAUAGAGUGAUUCUCCCUCAA